AUCCCACUCUGGCCCUCCUCUCUAUGGUCGUGGGAUGACUGUAGCGGAAGCGGGUUUCUGUUGCGCGCGCAGCUUCGACUCUCCCUCUUCCGGCGCGGUCUUUUGCGGCGCAAACCCAACGAAGCCAUGGCGAUCCGAUAUCCAAUGGCCGUUGGCCUGAAUAAAGGCCACAAAGUGACCAAGAAUGUAUCAAAGCCACGACACUGUCGACGCCGUGGGCGGCUGACCAAACACACCAAAUUUGUACGGGACAUGAUCCGAGAAGUGUGUGGUUUUGCGCCAUACGAGAGACGAGCAAUGGAGUUGCUCAAAGUCUCCAAAGACAAGAGAGCUCUGAAGUUCAUAAAGAAAAGGGUAGGGACUCACAUUCGUGCCAAGAGGAAGCGUGAAGAACUCAGCAACGUCCUGGCAGCCAUGAGGAAAGCAGCAGCCAAAAAGGACUGAAUUCUGCAUCCUGGUUCCCAAUAAAGCUUAUUUCAGAAGCCCA